AUGGAUCCAGCAACCUGUAACAGCUGGGAGAGAGCGUCGCAAUCGUCGGAUCAUUACCAUCCCGACGAUGAUUAUCAAGACAACCACGGCAACGGAUGGAACGACGAACCCCGAGCGUCCAAUUGGGAGCGGGAAAACACUGUAGAUAGGCAGCAACGGCAGCAGCGGCGUCAGCAUCGGCAUGAGGAUCAGGCGUGGGAGGAGGAUAACCAUGUAGGGGAGCAGGAGCGGCGGAGACCGUCGAAGGAACGGGAAGCGAAGCCGACGAGAAAAAAGAAAGAGAGCGGCGGUAGCAGCAGCAGCGGUGGUAAGAAGGCGGAGUCUAACGGUCCGACAAUACCAGAGGAGUUUAUGUGUCCGCUUUCGUUAACCGUCAUGACUGACCCCGUCAUAAUCGCAUCAGGCCAGACGUACGAGCGUGCUUCUAUCGAGCGGUGGUUCGCGGAGGGUAAGCGGACGUGUCCCAAGUCCGGCGUGCGGAUUGACCAUACAAACUUCUGCCCGAACUUUGCCCUAAAAAGCAUGAUCUCUGAUUGGAUGGCACAAGGUUCGGGCAGCCACUCUUCAGCUGCCCGACCCAGCACUGCCCCAGCGAAAAAAACCGUGGUGAAAAGCUCCUCGAAAACCAGCCAGUUGCGGCCGAAAACACCACCUCCUCCUUCGCUGUUGGCGCAGUCUCAGUCGGAGCGCGGUCCAGACGAUCAGGACUUCGAACGUUCUUCCGAUGGGGUAGUGCGGAAGAAAAAAGUGGUUAAGAAGAAGAGUGCGGAUGGCGGGGAGGAGAGGGGGCGCAAGGCUUCAGGCUCGGGAAGUGGUUCGGACGCCAAGGCUCGGGCGAGGUCCGUCAGCCCGCUGCCGUCGAACCUGUCGAAGAAAGUGGCGGCGAUGGGUGGGGAUGGUCAGGGAGGGGACGGACCGACGGAUAUUAAAGCCGUAUGGGAUUCUAUAGCGUCGCAGAGCAGCAAGCCUAAGAAGGCAGGAGGUUUGCAGCGGCAUUUAUCGUACUUUCCGCGCGGUGAGGACGGGUUCGGAUCUCCCGCCGACGAUGACGAUGACCCGCCCCAGGGGCCUUCUGCUACAGGCGGGGGCGGCGCUCCUGGUGUGCCGCGGCUGCAGAGAAACAGCAGCGCGCGCAGCACGUGCAGCAUGAUGAGCAUGCCGGGCGGCAGCAAUGAUGACCCGGGCGGCGCACCCGUCCGGCGGGACAUGGGCCCGAUGGUUGAGGCACUGAAUUUCGGGUCAGGUGUGGACCGGCGGGCAGCUGUGCGAGACAUCCGAACUGCCAUCAAGGGCUGCCCGGAAAACAAAGCACAGCUGGUGCAACUAGGGGGGAUCGAGCCGCUAGUGGAAGUAAUCGAAUCUGACGACUUAGAAGCAGCAGAGCACGCUGUUGCUGCUCUCAUGAACCUAUCCCUCCACUGGAACGCAUCAGGGGAGAUUGUGCGAGCGGGUGGAAUACCAGCCCUGGUGGGCAUGCUCAAUCACGGCACGUCGGCCUCGCAAGGCAAUGCUGCCGCCACCCUGUUUGCCCUCUCCAAAGAAGACGACCACAAGCUGAUGGUCCGAGCAUCAGGGGCCAUCCCUGCACUCAUCUCGCUCCUCAAAACUGGCACGGUGCGGGCAAAGAAAGACGCAGCUCUGGCUCUCUUCACUCUCUCCACCCAGUCGGUGGUGGAGUGCGACGGGCUGACCAUGUUUGUGGAUCUACUUGAUGAGGGGUCAUCAGCGCGGGUGAAGGAGGAUGCGGCGUCGGUGCUGCUACAGCUGGCGGCCAUGGGGUUUGUGACGUACGGGGACUUGCUCGCGGAGGGCGUGCUGCCGUCGCUGGUGCGCGUGUCGCAGACGAGUGCCGAGAACUCGGAGGCCAAGACGCUGCUGCAGAUCCUGCGGCAGCACUGCGCCGAGAACAAGCGGUGA